GUAAUCAAGUCAACACCAAACCCAUAAAGAAAGAAAGAAAGAAAGAAAGAAAGAAAGGAGGAGAGAGAACACAGGAGCAGUGUGGCCAUGGCGGAUCAGCAGAGUUUGCCAGAAGGAACGGUGCAGAACAUUCUAGAACAAGAAACUCUCAAAUGGGUCUUCGUUGGUGGCAAAGGUGGCGUUGGCAAAACCACAUGUAGCUCAAUACUCUCGAUUCUUCUCGCCACUGUUCGCGACUCUGUUCUCAUAAUCUCCACCGACCCAGCUCACAAUCUCAGCGAUGCUUUUCAACAGCGAUUCACAAAGACUCCAACUUUGGUCAAUGGCUUCACCAAUCUCUAUGCUAUGGAAGUGGAUCCCACUGUUGAGCAUGAGGAUGUGGGCACUUCUGAAGGGAUGGACGGUCUGGUCUCGGAGCUAGCAGGUGCAAUACCUGGGAUUGAUGAGGCGAUGAGCUUUGCUGAGAUGUUGAAAUUGGUGCAGACAAUGGAUUAUUCCAUAAUAGUUUUUGAUACUGCUCCAACUGGCCAUACACUCCGACUCUUGCAAUUCCCAUCAAUUUUAGAGAAAGGUCUUGGAAAAAUGAUGUCCUUGAAAAAUAAAUUUGGUGGUUUAUUUAACCAGAUGACUCGCAUGUUUGGAAUGGAUGAUGAUUUUAAUGAAGAUGCAGUUCUUGGGAAGCUUGAAGGAAUGAAGGACGUGAUCGAACAAGUUAAUAAGCAAUUCAAAGAUCCGGACAUGACAACUUUUGUCUGCGUUUGUAUUCCGGAGUUCCUUUCAUUAUAUGAAACAGAGAGAUUGGUUCAGGAACUUACAAAGUUCGAGAUUGACUCACACAACAUCGUUAUUAACCAAGUAAUCUUUGAAGACGAAGUUGUUGAAUCCAAGUUACUUAAAGCGAGAAUGAAAAUGCAACAAAAGUAUAUUGAUCAAUUUUACAUGUUAUAUGACGACUUUAACAUUACCAAGCUGCCAUUGCUCCCAGAAGAGGUUACUGGGGUUGAAGCUCUAAAAGGAUUUUCAAGACAUUUUUUGACACCUUACCAACCAUCAUCUAAUAGAGAUCAAGUAGAAUGGUUAGAGAGAAGAGUAUCAGAAUUGAAGGAUCAGUUACAAGAGGCUGAGGAAGAAUUGAGUACACUCAAAAAGGGGAAGCAAAAGGUUUGAUGACCUCUUUUCAUCAAUAGUUAUCAUUGUUAGCUUUUUUGGUUUUCAAGUUUAUAAACAUAGAUGAAGCUUUCAUAUUAAGUCGAUUCAUUUAGUUGAAUAAUGUUGCUUCCUUGUAUCUUCCAAAGUCAUGGUAGUGCUGUUUAUUUGUGUGUUGGAUUCUUUUGGUAAGAAAUUAUUAGCUAGGCAAAGUCAUACCAUAGCAUGUUUUUUGCACUCAAAUUGUUAUUGACUUCAUUAAAUUAAUUUCAAUGAUAACUGCACUUCUAUUAUUGAUAUUCCAA